AACCCCCCCAUGCCCAUGGAUUUGCGAUGACGUAGAGACAACAAACAGUUGUUGGACUUGAGUAAGCUAACGUUAGCUAGCACAAGGACGAGGAGAUAAAACAGCAUAUUUACAUUCAAGCGCUUCUCUGGGAACGUCAAUAAGCGGCACGUCUUCGUUUUACAGUACCAAUCAAAAAGGAGAUUACUGCUCUACGGUUAAAUCAUUUUGGGCACGAACGAAACAUGCUCCGGACUAUGACGCUUGUUUUUUCCUUGCCUAUUCGGGGAUUGUGAUGAGAGGUGCUCGGGUGAGACCGCGAGCGACAUUAGGAAAUCAUUAAAAAAAUAUAUAAUGAUAAACUCGAAAACAAAGCAUUUGGGUUUACCGAAAGGUGCAUCAAACUAAACUGGUCUAGAUGUCAUUGUUGGGUAACUACUUUAGCUAGGUAGCUAGUUUGCUUAAUGCACAAUACAUAGUAUUUUGCUAACGUAAUGGAGGCACCGUGAGCGAAUUGCACAGUUGUAGCUAGUUAGCCAGGUAACGUUAGCUGGUCAGCCAAAAUAUAGUUAUAACGUUAGCUAGCUUCCACAUCCACUUUUAGAGUGUGCUGACGAACAAAAUACAGAAUACUGUAACUAAAAACGGCUAUCUAUGCACUUCAUUGAUAUCUAUCGUGGUUACCUAGCAUUAAAUUAGCUAGCUAAAUAAGUAUAAACUAGAUUGAGACUAGCUACUGUCGCAGGAGAAUACGUUAUUUCUCGGUUAGGAUUUGUUUGUCACAGUCGUUUGACACGAGGUGUGUUGCCUUUAGGUCUUGAUCAUUUGACAACUAUUUACAGUUGCUGGACAUGUGAUAUGGUGAAUUUAUCAAAGGUUUUCUGAAUUACAAUUUCAGGCUAUAAAUAUUCUGAACUGCAGGAACGCAUCACGUAUCAAACCAGUCACCAGUCAAGAAAUUAUAUCUUGAAAUAGUUGUGCAUGUGAGCACAAAUAGCUGUUUUGUCAAUCAAUUACUUUUAACACUCAGAAUGCACUUUAUAUUGUCGUUGUUGACAUGUCAAAACAAAGUUGUAAACAUUCUUGAUGAAAGUACUUAUUUUACAAAUUGUUAGCUAUUUUAGGAUCAAAGACCAGCAUUCAAAAGCUUGACAAAAAUCAACCUUGUGUCACGUUUAGAGUUCUCGAAUCCCGUCUAAUUGCUAGAUCAAUUGCCAGCACUAUCUUCCUGGAAAUGAAAAUAUGAAUAUCGAGGAGCAAACUCUAGAUUUGUGCAACGUCAAAAUGAAGAGUAAUGUCGAUGACAAUACUACCAAUAACUCGGAAGAGAUCAUACCCCGGAUUUCGGAACUGAUGGAUGGAGACUUGUGCAAACAAGACAUUGGCACCCAGGUCGCCGACAUGUCCUCUCUAGCCAGGCUCACAGACAACCCGCGGGGGGAGGACAACCACCGGUCAAAAGAGACACUUGAAAUCGACGAAGUGAACGGGAAUAAGAACAACAGCGUCCCAGAUACCCCUGCAAUAGUCAGUUCUGACUUUGCCGUUUCUAAUGACGACCAAGACCAAGAGGAGAGUUUCAAGGAUACAACACCAUCGGCCCUCAUGUUUGCUAUUGAGGAAGGGGAUGAUGGUGGGGAUAUGGACAUUAGUGUGGAUUUGAGCCUGGAUGAAAGUGGCAUGUUGGAGUCAGAACCUACGGACCAGGGACCAUCCCUAGCAGAGGAAACAUUCUCAAGUGGUACCAAUCCAGAUUCAUCUACCCCAGAUGUUGUCACGGACAAGGAACCUGAUAAACCCUCUCCUGUCAUUGCCACAGGAGAGGCCCUCUCUCCAGCCCAGGAUGAGGGGGAUGAGAAACACAAAAAUGGCAAGAGGGUGACUUUUCCUUCAGAUGAGGAUAUUGUCUCUGGAGCAGUGGAGCCCAAGGACCCUUGGAGACAUGCCCAGAAUGUGACGGUGGAUGAGAUUCUCUCUGCCUACAGACAGGCCUGCGUGAAACUCAACUGUAAACUCAUCCCCAAAGUGCUCAAACAGAUGCAGGAGCUGAAAGACCUAACUCAUCGAAAUGAAUGCCUGGACCUUAAAGGUGAGAAGCUGGACUAUAAGGCGUGUGAGUCCCUGGAGGAGGUGUUCAAGAGGGUCCAGUUUAAAGUGGUGGACCUGGAGCAGACCAACCUGGAUGAAGAUGGUGCGUCAGCUCUCUUUGACAUGAUUGAGUACUAUGAGUCGGCCACACACCUCAACAUUUCCUUCAACAAGCACAUCGGCACCCGCGGCUGGCAGGCCGCAGCCCACAUGAUGAGGAAGACGAGCUCACUGCAGUACCUUGACGCCCGCAACACGCCCCUGCUGGACCACUCUGCCCCGUUCGUGGCACGGGCUCUCCGCAUCAGCGGUAGUCUUGCUGUACUGCACCUGGAGAACGCUGGGCUCUCUGGACGACCACUCAUGCUGCUGGCCACGGCUCUAAAGAUGAACAUGAACCUACGGGAGCUGUACCUGGCUGAUAACAAGCUGAACGGCCUGCAGGACUCUGCACAGCUGGGCAACCUGCUCAAGUUCAACUGCAACAUCCAGAUACUGGACCUCCGCAACAACCACAUACUGGACUCUGGUCUGGCCUAUGUCUGUGAAGGCCUGAAGGAACAGAGGAAAGGCCUGGUCACUCUGGUGCUCUGGAACAACCAGCUAACGCACAACGGCAUGGGCUACCUCGCAGCUGCACUGCCCUGUACCCAGAGUUUGGAGACCCUAAAUCUGGGCCAUAACUCUGUGGGGAACGAGGGGGUCCACAAGCUCAAGGACGGGCUGAUCUCCAACCGCUCGGUGCUCCGGCUGGGCCUGGCGUCCACCAAGCUGUCCUGCGAGGGUGCCGUGGCGGUGGCAGAGUUCAUCGCCGAGAGUCCCCGGCUGCUGCGUCUGGACCUGAGGGAGAACGAGAUCAAGACGGGGGGUCUCAUGGCCCUCUCUCUGGCCCUCAAAGUCAACACCUCCCUCCUACGCCUCGAUCUGGACCGAGAGCCCAAGAAAGAGACUGUGAAGAGCUUCAUCGAUACACAGCGUUCCCUGCUGGCUGAGAUCCAGAACGGCUGCAAGCGGAACUUCAUCCUAGCUAAGGAGAAGGAGGAGACCGAGCAGCAGAUGCAUUCGGCCUCCAUGGCCGAGAUCGCCACCGAGGACAGAACCGUAGAGGAAGAGGAGGAUGGAGCUGAUUCCGGCGAGCAUGUUGAAAAAGAUGGGAAAGACAGUGAGUGUGAGGGAGGAGAGGAAGGAGUAAAAGACACUGAGAGCCUGACUGACAGCCAAUCGGCAGUGCGCUCUGAGGGAAUAGUGUUGCCUUUGCUGUUGGAGUCAGACUCGGACACAGACGACGAUGAGGAGGAAGAGGUGGUUCUCUCUAAAGCUCCCUCCGUCUCCCCUGUCCCCAAACACACUAGCCCUUCACUCCGGGCAGCGACAACCCAGCACCCCCUCAGUGCCUCACAGAUGCCAACCGCCCCCUCUACCCCACCAGCUACGGGGGCUUUCAUUUCAGGGAUCACCGUCACGGAGUCCACGGGCUCCCCCGGUACGCCCCCUUCGCCGGGCCGCUGUAUCUCUGUGUCGAGCCCCGGGAGGGGCCACAAGAUCUUCAUGGUGACCAGAGUAGAGAGCCCCUCUGACCAGCAGCAGGUUCUGGGGAAGAUUGGCCUGUCCAACCCCCAGGCCUCAAAGGAGCCAGUGGUGUCACUAGUGAAGCAAACCACACAUCGACCACAGCCCCCUUCACAACCCUCACAGGAGGAGGUGAGAACAGAACAGGCACAACCCCAGACCACGCCACUGACACAGGAGGUGAGACAGAGCCUGACAGAACAGACACAACCCCAGACAACGCCACUGACACAGGAGGUGACACAGAGCCUGACAGAACAGACACAACCCCAGACAACGCCACUGACACAGGAGGUGACACAGAGCCUGACAGAACAGACACAACCCCAGACCACGCCACUGACACAGGAGGUGAGACAGAGCCUGACAGAACAGACACAACCCCAGACCACGCCACUGACACAGGAGGUGAGACAGAGCCUGACAGAACAGACACAACCCCAGACAACGCCACUGACACAGGAGGUGACACAGAGCCUGACAGAACAGACACAACCCCAGACCCACGCCACUGACACAGGAGGUGAGACAGAGCCUGACAGAACAGACACAACCCCAGACAACGCCACGCCACUGACACAGGAGGUGAGACAGAGCCUGACAGAACAGACACAACCCCAGACAACGCCCACGCCACUGAUACAGGAGGUGAGACAGAGUUUAGAUGAACCACAGACAAUAGAUCCUAAACAGACGGAGCAGAGUCCUGUUGCGCCAGAGGAACCUUCUUCAGAGGAGGCCGUGGUAGAGACUCCUAAUGACCCGUCUGAGACGCUAGAACUACCAUCCAACCUCCUAACCCAACCCACAGAGGAGGAAGUCGAGGGCGUUCUAGACAGUUCGCAACCUGUACUGGCGGAGCAGAGCCCAAGAACAGCAGCCCAGCUAUCACACACACCGUCCCUUCCUACAGAAGAUGUAGCAAUUCAAUUCCUAGCAUCACCCCAACAGACAGAGCAGAUGGUAGAGACGACUACAGAGCCCCAGCUAGAACAGUCUGCUGUUGAGCAGCAGUUCACUGAAGCUGUGCUGGAAGGAGAGGAGGAGGAGAGUCAGGACCCAGUAGAAGAGACACUUUGUGAACAGGCAGAGUCUCAAACCAACACAGAGGAGGAAGAUGAGAUGCAGUCAGAACGGCUUCCACAGCAGGAACAGAGUUCGGGACAGGCUAGUGACACAGUUCAGCAACCGUUAGCGCCUCAGCUAGCGAUGCAGACUAACACUAAGCCCCUGGGGGGUCUGCUUCUAACAGCACCACUCCAGUCACAGCCUGAAACAGUGCAGCCGGACUCUGAGCUUCUGCCCCCAGAACAGGAACCGGCAGAGACACUUCCACAGGCACACCGACAGAUGGUGACAGAGAAUCCCUCUGAGCAGGGAGCCACGGAGAGUGUAGCAGAACAGGGACUAUAUCUGUCAGAGGAGGAGCAGCAGCAACUAGCACAACAGGCACUUCCUGUGCAGGUGGAACAGCAGCAACAACAACAUCCUGUUCUAGAGCAACUACAGCAGCAGCCUCUCCAACCAGAGGGGCAAUCACAGACCACCCUUCCCACCGAGCCCUCACCUGUUCCAGCCGAGACAGACACUUCUCUGGAGGUGGAGGACCGUAGCUCCCCUCCCAAGGCAGAGGAGUCCCCAGACGAGAGCUCCACAGACGAGGGGGAGAGCGUGGAGGAGGUGGUGGGCUCGGCCCUGCCCAACGGCCUGAAGCCAGAGUUUGUCCUUCACCUGCUGGACCCCGAAGGCCCCAAGCCUGGGCCUGGCAGCUGUGUGAUGGAGCACGUGAGUGUGACAGCAGAGCUGAGCUGUGGUCAGGACCUGGAGGAGCUGUUGCUGGAGGCCAGCCUGGAGACUGGGAGAGACGCACCAUAGCCCUGUCAUGUGGUUCUGUAGGAGAGAGGAACACAGGACUCGUAUCGUCUGUGUCUCGGUGACUCUUGUUGCUCCUACAAUUUUUUUUCUUCCAUUGUCAUAAUCCCACAACUCACCACCACCACCUCUAUGACAACAGAGGACCAGUUGUCAUCUAAGUAAAACACCAACAAAAUAGAAAAAAGACACAAAACAAUAAUCAUUGAGCUUCAUCACAGCACAUAAGGAAUUAACUACGUCUUCACUCGAAACGCACACACAUAUUUUAAAGAAAGUAAUAAAAAAACAAGAAGAAAGGAAGAGAAUCACACUAACCUUUUGCCUAUCACUACAUUCCGUCAAUCAGGAACCACACUCAUGCAGGUACCAGGGAGCUGGGGGGGUAGAGAGGGAAGGAGGGGCUUAAUCACUGCUCUAACCCAAGACACAGGACACACACUGCUCACCCCCUGCUCCACCCCGACCUGUGUUCUUGAAAGUGUUGUGAGCGUGCACACUGAGACAAAACCUUACUAUUGCCCUCUGCUGGAGGAAAGAGAAUGUGCACAGCUGUGUGUGACAGUGUGGGACCCAGCCAAGAGGACCCACUGGCUUUUUAGUGUGUCAUUCUCUGACAAUGACAGUUAGGCACAGAGGGUUUUAUAACCAAGGAGGGCGUGACAGGAGAAGGUAUUUGUCUUGUUAGUUUUAUUUGUCCCCCCCACCUCGUAAGGGAUCUCUGCCAAAGUGACCGCUUUCUUUUCUGUUCCUUCCUCUCCGUUCGCUUUGGUCCCCUCAGGAAUCUUCUCCUCCAGUCUCUCCAGCAACGCUCUGGAACACCCAAACCAUCUGUCAUCUGCCAAAAACGCGCUGUCUCGGUCAAAAUUUAUUUUGGGAUCAGAUAGCAGAGUUACUCUAAUCUAAAGCCUUCUGGAAACCUCUGUAAAUGUUGGAUGACAAAAUAUCUGCCUUGAUGGAGUAAUGCUGUUCAUUACAGAGUAAGUCUACCCUUCUUUUUUUCCUCCACCGGACAGUUAUCAGACAUUAUUUUCCAGAUGGAUUUUCAUGUUUGUCUGACCAGAGUGAUUAAAUGUAGUGUGACACUCAAUAGGAGUAUAAAGAAAAAGUAGUUCUGACUUUGUCUUUCGUGUCCUCCCCUCUUUCUUUCAGUCUUCUGCUGGUACAACACUGUGCCAUCUCAACACAGGAUUAAUGUUGCCUUUGACUCGACUAGGUUUAAAUUUCAUCUCCUUUUGUUUUGCUGCUUGGAGAAAUCAGUCGUUUUGUAUUUAUUUUAUAUGAGCCUUUAACUUUGUGAUUUAUUGUUCUCCCCUUCUCUCCCUCUUUUUAUUAGUUAUUUUCCAUGGGGUUUGCUUUUAAAGAUUUCCCCCCUUUGGUGUAUAUUUCAGAUUCAAAUUAGAGCAAUUAUUCCGUAGAGUUGUUUUUUUUUGCGGGGGGGGGUCUGCGGUAAAUGAGACUGCUGGGUGGAAGGAUCAACGGUUAUGGCAAUAGGGAGGGAGAGUGAAGUUAUGAAAAUAAAGGAAAAGGACAUUUUCCUAAGGAGGGGCAGUGUGAAUGGUGGUUGACAUCACUCUGAUAACACAUCGACUGAGAGACUAUCCCUGUUUUGAGACUUCACAUCUUAAACACUACUGUGCUCGGUUAAGCUAUGGCCACCUGGGGCUGCUGGUGUUUUCCUUUCUAGAUAUAGAUAUACUGUAUUACUCAACAGCAGCUACUGCUUAAGACUCUUGUAGGCCAGGAGGACAUUGAUUUGAACACAAACAGGUGGGUGAAAGUUUGAGUGAACUUCCCAACAACACUGAGGACACGUAAGCCCUGAAUGCCCAACACUGUGAACCUAUGGGCCAGCUACCAAGGGCCCUAUUCAACUGGUAUCCAAAAGAUUCCAGGGUAAGGCAAAAAGGUGCUUUCUUACAGUGCAAGAAGAAUACAGGUUUUUCUCAACUGCGGGAUCCUCUGGAUAUAGGUUUUGGUUGAAUAGAGCCCCUUGUUUCAAUCCCUCUGUUCCGUCUCCCCUGGUCAACCAGGUUGUUUUUCAACCCAAAUCGUCAUUGCUGUGCAGCCCUCACUAUUUGUAAUGCUUAAUUUCUUUUGUCAUUUUUAAUUAUUUGUUAAAUUAAUUGAAAUGUGCUGGUAAUCACAUAUGUAUGGCAACUCUUUUUGUUCCUCUCUCUCUCUCAAAUAAAUGCAUGUAAUGACUAA